AUGGCAUCAACAUUUUCAUUUUCGCCUGCACUGGUUGUGGAACCUGAUUGUUUACGAAAUAUAAUUAAGUUAGCAAAAGAGAACAAUUUGUUUCUUUCGGAAGAAACUUGCUGGUGCUUACUGGACUCGUGUCUAUCGAAAAUUCCUUUAAAGAAAAUUUACCAACUUCUAGAUGAAUUAUACAGUACUGAAGAAUUAAGGUUUCCAGAAGGUAGCGAGUUCGCAGUUGAGUCCAUACGUGCUAGAUCUGUCAACAAAGGUAUUGUUUUCUAUUAUGUAAAAUGGGUUGGGUGGCCACCUGUGUUCAAUACAUGGGAACCAGAAUCUAAUCUUCAUGGAUGUGAAGAUUUGAUACAAAAAUUUAUUGAAUCUUACGGUUCGACGAUUGGAAUGCUCCCGCCUGAUAAUCAACCUGAUAGAAAAUCACAAGUUCAGGAAGUAAUGGAUCGGUUGAAGGAAGCUGUCAAUACAUCUGGGUCGCUACCAUUAUAUCUACUUGAACGAUUUUCUAGUCUCCAAUCUGAUCCUACUAAUAGCCUUCGACCAUACAAACCCCUACCCACCAUAAAUAUCGAAAAGCUUUUUUCUUCACAAAUAUCACAAGGCAUUAUAGAAUCUAUUUCACUUAAGCGACCUCCCAGUGUCGCUGAUCUCUUGCCAGUUUCUACCAAACGUAUUCGACUUAGUCGGAAAGAUAAACAAGUGUUAGAUUCUGCUCUAAACGCUUUCCAACAAAAACUCAACACUGUAUACUCAAAUGAAGCGCCAAUCACUGUGGAGAAUUCUGUGGAUUCUGAAUGCCCACCAGUUGAAUUCCAGCCGAUUCCAGAUUAUUUGCCUGGACAAGAUGUAUUCUUACCAACUAAAGCUCCUAUUGGGUGUGAAUGUACAAUGAACAAUUUGGAUCCGUCAGAGCUAGCCAAAAUUCGUAAAGCAGAUGGAAGCAAUUCACCAGUUAUAUAUCCUUGUUGGAUCAAUAAACGACGAAAUUGUUGUGCUGUUCGUGCUGGUGCAGUUCCACCUUAUGACAAACGGAAAAGACUCGUUGCCCCUCCUGGUCAUCCUGUUUAUGAAUGUAACUCCUUAUGUCCAUGCGAUUCAUCGUGUCCAUUCCGUGUUGUUCAACUUGGACGAAAAGUUCCUUUGUGUGUCUUCCGUACGCGUGACCGAGGAUGGGGUGUUAAAACAAUGGUCCCCAUUAGUAAAGGGACAUAUGUCGUUGAAUACUUAGGAGAGAUUCUUAAUUUUGAUGAAGCAGAAAAACGAGGAAUAAUUUACGAUAAACAGACUAUGACAUAUCUUUUCGAUUUGGAUUUCGAAGGUGAUGCUCAUUACACUGUAGAUGCUUCUCAAAUGGGUAAUAUAUCACACUUUAUUAAUCAUUCGUGUGAUCCCAACCUCACAGUUCGUUGUGUUUUUAUUGAGUGUCUCAAUACAAAGUUACCCCGUAUUGCGCUUUACGCGUCUAGAUUUAUAAGGAAAGGUGAAGAACUUACAUUCGACUACAAUAUGACUGGUGCUGUGGCUGCAGACACCAGUGUAGUUACAGAUGAUGCUGGAGAGGCAGAAACUCCUUCAGAAACCCAAUCAGGGUCAUUACAUAAUGGCGGGAAGAGCCCCACCCCGUCUUCUUCCUCAGUUGACGUAACUCCUGACACAAGUAGUGAGGUAUCUUUCGAUAGCAAGUCUCUGGGAUCUAAAGGUCCUCGUAUGAAAUGUUUAUGUCGAAGUAAAAACUGUCGUGGAUAUUUAGUCAACUAG